CUUCAGCGUCGCAUGUAAAGUGUUUCGGGUUGGUCCGCCUCUCCGUCCUCCCGUAAAGAGUCGGCACUUUUCGUCCAAGUGGAGAAGGAAAAACGAAAGGAAAGAGUGGUCAAACUGCUCACGCUGACACAGAAGGAGAAAGUAGUCGCGGUUUAAACGUCCACGGCGGCUGUGUGGGGAAAGUGAAGCUGCGGAGCGUCUCGGAACAGAACAGGUGGUUUAUCCGCGGUGUGUCCACAGACCAGUGUUGACAUUGCGCCGUGAGCGUCGGAACGGAGAAAGGUCUCCUCCCAGCUUCUUCGCGGACACAGCUCGGGAACUUGACUGCACGUUGUUCCGGCCAGUGUUUUGCUGACCAGGAUGUCUUCAAAGGCUCAGAGCUCCAAUAACCUGAACCAGGCCCGGCAGACAGUGCAGCAGCUGAGACUAGAGGCGAGAAACGAGAGGAUAAAGGUCUCCAAAGCCUCUGCAGACCUUAUGAACUACUGCAUCGAAUGUGCCAGGACUGACCCCCUCCUCAUGGGCAUCCCUGCUUCAGAAAACCCUUUCAAGGAGAAAAAGCCUUGCACUAUAUUGUAGUGGAUGCCCUCUUCUAGCCUGUAUUAUUUUUCUUCUGCUUAUUAAUGUUGCUGUAUUCUUCAUGUUGGGAGGAGUGGGAGAUGAACUGCAAUCAUAUCACGUUUUAACAGUUCAUUCAUUACCAUUCAGAAUGAUGUGUGGCUGUCCCGUUAGUGAGAUAUUUACCAAAACUACUGACCUGCCACUGUUCAUUGAGAGCUCCAACCCCUUCAGAGAUCAUUGGCUGCAUGGAUUCUGAUUGCAUCACAUGUUCUUUACAAAGCCUCAAGCUUAUUUUCCAAUUCUUCUAACAGUAAAGGCAGCACUCAGUGAUGGGUUUGCUCUUUCAGUUUUUAUGCAGUUGUCUCCAGUGGGCAGUGACUGUUAUUUGCCUCUCUGGUUUGCCUUAAAUGGAUACCAACAACCAAAGUUCCCCACCCGUCCUUUUAUAUCAGCUUCAGAUGAUUGCGAAUCUCUGUAGAAAUUGUACACAUGUGCAGCUAAUGCCGCUAAAUUCUAGUUUCCAAAUGUUGCCAUAAUGUUUUUUAUUGAGAGAGAAGCACGUAGUAUUAACUCAAAGUAUAUGACCACAGAAGUCUUUUACAGCCUGUCAUAGCUCCAACUGGCCAAUGACAAUCCACAUUCCAUUUAAUUGCCUGUGUAAUGAAAACCAUGGGACCAAGCCAAAUUUGUGCUACUGCAUAUAACCGUCUUUAUAAGCAGAGAUGCACCGAUCAGAACUUUGUGGCCAAUUUCUUUUUAAAAAGCUUUGAUUUGCUAGUACCAAUUUUAACAGUAUUCCGUUUUUUUUAAACUGUAAGAAAAUAUAAUUACCAGCAUUUAAAAUAGUUUUUCUAAUCUUCCUUCUGUGAGUGAUUAUUAUUAAUGCUAUAAGAAGUGUGUUUGGGAGAGUAGUCACUAGAAGACUGGGUUUUACUAAUAUUUUACAGAUUAGUUUUAAACUAACUUUAACUGACAUAGCAUUCACAGCUAGCAUUACUGAAACAGAGUUCUCUGUGUGCAUACCCUAGAGCAGUGAUUCUCAAACUGUGUAUAACAAGUACUGUUGUAGUAAAUGCUAACGUUUCCCAGUACCUCCAUGCUGACAUCCAAUCUGACACUGUAUUUCAGUCCACCUACGAUUGCUUUGUUUUUUACCAAGACAAAAACAGGGAAAGGAUGCAGCUUAAAUUGAAAACAAUAAAACUAGAAGGCCCCCAGAAGUCAGAACUUCAAGUGGAAAGGUCUGAAGUUUGCCAUCAAACCCAUACACAAAACCCAAUAUGGCUUCCAUUCAUUUAAAAUGUUUUGGUAGUUGCAGCAAUAAGCUAUGAACCUUACAGGUUGUAUUAACUCUUACAGGCGUAUUACUGCAUAACUGCUGUUAGUGAACAUGUUUCCUUUGUAUUUGAAUGCAUAAAAUGCUAAAAAUCACACUGUUACUAGCUUGUUUUGCUAGUCAGAGUUGGCUUGGUAAGUUCUGACUUCUGAGGUAAAUGGAAUGCAGCCCAGUUAAUCACUAGCUCCUGUUCUUGGUCCCCUGUCAUUCAUUUGAGAUUAUACUGGUUCUCUAAACACUCUCCAGUUCACUCUUCUUUUGUGUAUUCUCUUUUUAAAGGUUCAAAAACAAGAACAGUGUGCUAGAGCAAGCCAUCUUUUGUGCUGUUUAUGCUUACUUGCUCUAAAACACAGUUGGUUAGUUUCAUGUUUACCUUAAUAGCUGGUACAGCAUUUCUUCUAAGUACCACCAUUGGUGUUUGAACCCCAGUUUGGGAACCAUAGCCCUAGGGAAUGUAGAUCCGUAAUUUAACUCUUGAGAUUUCCAAAAUAGUGCCAGCAUUUUUAAAUCCAGCCUGUUCCAUGAUGGACAGAAGUCAAACUCUUAACGGAUCAACUUUCUUAUUAUUUCUCUGCUGAAAGUGUCGCUCGGCUUGCAUGUCAUGGAACAUAUGGUCCUGUUUGCAAUAGCUGCUUACAUCUCUAUGCUUCCACUGAUUUCAUUUUACUCAUUGAAACUCAAAAAUCACUAACUUAGAGUCUUUUUCCCGGUAACAACUUCCACACUGAAGGGUAUGGUUGCAACCUAGCGGCACUUAGGCAUGGUGUGUUUACUGACUGGUAAAAGAUUUUAGGGUUUCUGAUAAUCAUUCAGCUUAUGGCCGAUCUGUCGGUGCAUCUCUGUUUACCUCUGUUAGCUACUCUGGAAACCCUCUGUGCUACACUGUUUUAUCUCUGGCUGCACAGAACUCUACUAAUGUUGCAGACCACUGUGAGCUAACAACAAAACUCUUACUCAAGUAAACGUGCAUGUCAGGACUUUUAAUUGUUGCAGGUGCAUGGAAUAAAACCAAUCUCCCAGGACUACUUUUACAUUUGUUUUAUCUGUUUUAUUAUUGGUUUAUGUGGGGGGGUCAACAUGUCCUGCACAUUGUGGGUUUCUGGGGUUUCAUGUCUGUUAUGGUAAGUUUAGAUGGCAGGAAUAAAAUCAGCCUUACUCAUGUUUAACUCACAUUAUGAAAAAUCAUUUUUCUGUUGUUUUUCCUUUACAAAGAAGAGGUUUCUGUUUUACCUGUGAAAGGAUAGAUUUGGUAGUGUUGCCUUCUCCAUAAGGACACCUUCAGCUGAUCCAGUGUUCUUUCUCUGCUCUACAUCUGUAAGAUUGUCUCUUGCCGUCUGUUUUUCUUAUCUGCAAUGAAUCAGCUCUGUAUGUUGAUGCCAUGUGAUGAUUUGGGAACAAAGAUUAAAAAUACAACUGCCGUGUGUUGCAAUGUCUCCAUUUGCAGUGAAUCUGUAAUUCUUGUUCCAUUGAGAGAUUAAUUGAACUGUCAGAAUCUGCUUUUUCUGUUGGAUAAAUGUGUUUAUUAAUAUCUCAACCUUUGUAUGGAGACUUAAUGAUGAUUAAUAAAGAUGCUUCACAUCUCA